AUGGAGACAUCCGAGCAGCCGUGCUUGGCUGGCGUGCUGGGAUCCUCAGACGGUCCUGGGGAGUGUGGACGGGGCUCAUCACUGCAAUAUCUGUAUAGGCUUGCCAGUGUCUUCGGAGCGGCUGCACGGGUUUUGGCCUCUCUUCAUCAGACGGUGAAAAAGCACUCGCUGCCCUCAGAGGCUGGACAUGGCCGAAACGGGGGCGCACGGGAUGCGACUUCCACGGAUCUCUCCGGGGAUGCUUGCUGCUGCGGCUUAAGCUACGAAGAGCGCAAGGUCGUCUGCAAUCUCAGGUUGAAGAACGACAUGUUGCGGGCGAGGCCCUCGGACCUCUCCGAAGAGGAGGAGUCGAUUCAGCUGAUUGGUGCAGAUGUCGAGUGUCAAGGUGUCGUGGUGUCCUUGAUGAGGAACUCCGUGCCGCACUUCACCAUGGCCUUUGAGAACGAACGCGUGGCAGGCCUUUGGGCUACGAAGUUGGCGGUGGCCUGUGGCAGCUCCGAGAGCAUCUCCAAGCUCUUCAGCACGCAGCGCCGGAGGAUCCAUGCUCUGGAGAUGCGCACCGCGGAGGCGCAACAGAGCAACGAGGAAGUGGAAAGAUGCUUAAACUUCCUCAGCAGAGAGUAUGUGGAAAUGCGCUACCAGGUGAGGCGACAGGUCCCUGCAUCGCCGCCCAGAGAAGUUCGAGAGGAGGAAGAGCCGUUGCUCAUUGAGGACAUCGACCCCCCGAAGCUCCCUUCCGAGCCCGAGAAGGAGCCCUUGAACUCCGCUCGGACCGGAGCUUCGGGAGGGUGCGACCUACUGGAAGAGCCACGAAAGGUGGCCCCGCCUCCAUGCGGGGGAACCGCCCCGUGUUUGCUGGGAAGCCCCAGCCAGCGAAAAAGUGGACGAGAGAAGCCAAAGAAGGAGCUUCCAGUGAACCUGAAGGAAGCCGUUGAGCCGCGUGCGGAGCAGAAAGCGGGAGAGGAGACGCCCUCGCUGCCCUCGCCGCCGCGGCGGGGAGCCACGGGCCACGCGCGAAGCGCCGGGCAGCUGAAGAAGGAGCCGCUGUGGAGCCCAAAGGCCCUCAGCCCCUACGAUCGGACCUCCUUGGACCGGGACGCUGGUCUGGACCGACGCGGGCACAAGUUGGCGAUGGCUCACCAGCGGCACCGACCCAAGCACGAGCCACAAGCGGCAGGAUCGAUCGCCCGGAAGACGGGCACCUCGAAGGCAGCGGACAAGACGUCUGUCUCCGAAAAGCGUCCGUAG